AUGAGUUUGCCUUAAGAUAAACAGAAUCAUAUAGUAUAUAUUACAGAAACUCUUGUCCCGCUAAAAAUGAGAAGAAAUGUAAAUCACAAGAGAUUACAAUAAAAUUGCAUAUCGCCCAAAUUGUAUCACUACAAUAGCUCACCUUUGUGCGAAAACUUCCAGAUGUUCUCAAAAAAUAAAAAAAACUUGAAAAUAAAAUUGUAAUCCAUGAUUAUAAAAUAUUUAGAUACCACUCAAACUUGGAAAAUUUAGAUUAUAUACUCCAAACCUUUUAAGAUAAGAAUCUAAAAAUAUAUAUUAAUAAAAUAAGAUGUAAUUUAGUAAAAAAAGAAUAUGAAAAUAAAAAUAAAAUUAAAGAGAAUAGAUCGUGA